AUGGAGGUGGAGGAGGCGUUCCCGCUGGUGGGGCAGAUGGGGCCCUACCAGGUGUAUCUGUGCAUCCUGCUGGCUGUGCUCCUCCAGCUCUAUGUGGCCACUGAAGCCAUCCUCACUGCAUUGGUGGGUGCAACUCCUCCCUACCACUGGGAUCUCCAAGAGCUCUCAGGUAAUCAGAGCCAUAGUAACCAGUCAGCGAGUUCGCAGAGAGCUUUUGGGGAAUGGCUUCUGACCGCCAAUGGCAGCGAGGUGCAUAAGCAUGUACACUUCAGCAGCAGCUUCACCUCAAUAGUCUCUGAGUGGUUUUUAAUUGGUAACACAUCGUACAAAGUCAGUGCUGCCAGUUCUUUCUACUUCAGUGGUGUUUUUGUUGGAGCAAUCUCCUUUGGUCAGCUCUCAGAUCGCUUCGGGAGGAAGAAAGUCUAUCUCACAGGUUUUGCUCUUGACAUCUUGUUUGCCAUUGCAAAUGGAUUCUCACCCUCAUAUGAGUUCUUUGCCAUCUCUCGCUUCUUGGUAGGGAUGAUGAAUGGUGGGAUGUCGCUGGUCGCCUUUGUUCUACUGAAUGAGUGUGUGGGUACUGCCUACUGGGCCUUAGCAGGUUCUAUUGGAGGCUUGUUCUUUGCUGUGGGAAUUGCCCAGUAUGCUUUAUUAGGGUACUUCAUUCGUUCCUGGAGGACUCUGGCUGUUGUGGUUAACCUGGAAGGAACAGUUGUCUUUCUUCUCUCUAUAUUCAUUCCAGAGUCCCCUCGCUGGCUCUACUCACAAGGCCGGCUGAAUGAAGCAGAAGAUGCCCUCUACCUCAUUGCAAAGAGGAACCGCAAGCAGAAGUGCACUUUUUCAUUAAAACUCCCAGCAGAGAGGAGCUCCAGAGAGGCUGGCAGCUUCUUGGAUCUGUUCCGAUACAAGAUUCUCUUGGGACGCACCUUGAUCAUGAUGUUUACCUGGUUUGUGUGCAGCUUGGUUUACUAUGGUCUUACCCUUAAUGUGGGUGACCUAGGUGGAAGUAUUUAUGCCAAUUUAGCCCUUUCAGGGUUGAUAGAAAUCCCAGCAUACCCAAUCUGUAUUUACUUGAUUAACCAAAAAUGGUUUGGUCGGAAGCGAACACUGAGUGCGUUUCUAUUCCUGGGAGGACUGGCUUGUCUUAUUGUCAUGUUUCUUCCUAAAAAGAAAGAUACUGGAGUGUUUGCAGUGGUGAAUAGUCGCUCUCUGUCUUUGCUGGGGAAACUGACAAUCAGUGCUGCAUUUAACAUUGUCUACAUCUACACAUCGGAACUUUAUCCCACAGUGAUCAGGAAUGUUGGAAUGGGUGCCUGCUCCAUGUUUUCCCGUGUUGGUGGAAUCAUUGCUCCUUUCAUACCUUCAUUGAAAUCUGUACAGUGGUCUCUGCCUUAUAUUGUGUUUGGAGCAACUGGUCUUUUGUCUGGGCUCUUAAGUUUAUUGUUGCCAGAGACCUUAAACAGCCCUUUGCUAGAAACUAUUUCAGACCUACAAGUAUGCUCGUACUGGAGGCUGGGUGAUGAAGCCAUGUCAUUGCAAGCCCUAGAUGGCUCACAGUCUGGAGACAAAGACAGUUCUGCAGGGAGUGGAAGUGAAGAUGAGGAGUUUUAUGAUGCUGAUGAAGAGACUCAUAUGAUGAAGUAAUGAAAA